UUACCACCCCGAUAAUAAAAGCCCGAGAGCCCGCGUCGCCUCACUCCCCUCUCUCGCCUAACCAAGUUGGAGUUGGAGCUUCUUCUCCAUCCCUCUCCUCCCUCCUCCCUUCUCCGUUACCCCCCAUGGGCACCCUCGGAGGCGGGGGCUUGUGGUGGCGAUUCCCCUCGUGCGGCGGCGGAGGCGGCGAUCGCCAGCGCCGGCGCCGCGGCCACCGGAGGCCGGGAUCAUCCUCGUCGGAGUCGAUAGGGUUCGGGCGUGAGGGGCGGCCCCUCUUCGACUUCCCCCUGAAGCAGGCGACGAUCGCCGCCUCCCUUACGCUCACCGGGGACACCGUCGCCCAGGUCCGAGAUCGCUUGGUGAGCUACUUCCAUGGCGAACGAGACGAAGAGAACAAGGAGUUGAUAUCAGUGCUUCUAUUGAAUCAUGACUGGCUUCGUGCACUUCGAAUGGCAUCCUAUGGGUUUCUUCUUUAUGGUCCGGGUUCUUUUGCAUGGUAUAAAUUUCUUGAUCAAUGCAUGCCUAAGCCAACAUUCUUAAACCUGUCGACGAAGGUUAUAUUAAACCAGAUUGUACUUGGUCCAUGCGUUAUUGCCGUUAUAUUUGCAUGGAAUAAUUUAUGGCUAGGAAAGAUAUCGCAGCUACCAUCCAAAUAUCAGAAGGAUGCCCUUCCCACUCUACUGUUUGGAUUCAGAUUUUGGAUUCCCGUUUCCAUCCUUAACUUUGGAGUGAUUCCUCUCUCUGCUCGCGUUGCGUUCAUGUCGACCUGCUCCAUAUUUUGGAACUUCUACUUAUCAACAACUAUGAGCAAAUAAUAUUUUUACACCCAUUUUUUUAGCAACUUCCACCUGGUGAUUUUUAUAGCUUUGAAAUAUAAGGAUUGGGAUCGAAUCAAUACUCCACAGCUGCUAAAAGGACUCUUCGUGGCUACAAAUAUUGUUGCGACUUAUUUAGACUUGAGAGCAUUGUUUUGUAGUAUUCUUUUCUCGCCUAUAUGUGUUGUGGUCGUAUCUUAUUACAUUUUUUUUUUCCUACAUUAUUUUUUAGUAUUUACAAUACUGGACAAGUUGCUGUUUUUUUGUUUGCCCCUACAUGUUCUUUCCAUGCGUAAUAGCUUAAAUUGUUUUAUAUCAAGUGCAAACAAUAAAUUUUUUUCAAAUU